AUGCAACGUCAACAUCUCCUCGGUCCCCAAGACCCUCUCAUGCUCGAACCAUUCCAACAGGAUAUCCAGCACCGUCGCCAACAACAACAGCAGCAGCAACAAUUGGCCUCUUCUGCACCAUUUAACAACAACAACAACAACAAUAAUGCUCAGCAGCAAUAUACAACAACAACAACAACGCCUACUAGCGUCCCCAACAAACAGAAUUGGGAUAUUCUCACGGGUCCCAACGCCAUCGACCAUUCCAUGGCCCUCCAGAUCGGUCCAGACGGCUCAUUGCUCGGCCCUCGCUGGGACACUUACGAUCUCGGCAACCUUCCCCCUGUCCAGAUCGCUCCUCGUGCCAAGAACAUCUCUUUUGCUCCUCGCCCAGCUGUUGACUUUGAUGGACUCACCCCUCACACCUCGCUCAUGAUGCAACGGCCACUCUUAUUCCCUUCCCCUGGUCAGGGUCAGCAACAACAACAGCCACAGCAGCAGCAGCAGCAGCAGCAACAUAGACAGCAGCAGCAACAGGCAAGGCCACAGCAAGAGCUUAUGGCUGUCAACAACAACAUCUUCACAUCAUCCUCCACUGUUCCUACGAUAUCGGACAUGAAUGUCUUGCACCAGCAGCAACAGCAACAGCAUCAGCAACAUAACCAGCAGUUGAAUGCUUCGCCAUCAACAAUGCCCGGAUAUCUGCAGACGAGCUGUUCACCUGAGAUGCCCAUCAAGGCAUCCCCUGUUGAGCAACAGCUCUCUUGGACGUCAUGGGAGGACACGCCUUCACAUCAGCAAGAAGAUAUUUACGCUACUCCCUGUCGCACACACACGAGCUUUGACGACGGUCCACGGGAGGAUAUCCCCUUCACAGCCACAAAGACCCUCGAAGUCUUCACCUCCUCCAAGAAGGACGACAACGGCGAGUUCCGCAAAGGUCAGCAGUUCUACCUCAACAUCCAGCUCAACAAGGAAGACCGCGAACGCUAUCGUUACCUCCGCAUCCCCACCGAAAACAUCGUCCUCCCCUGCAGAGCAGACGCAACUGGCCGCAUCGGUCUCAACGCCUCCGGCAAGAGGUCCGCCGACGCCAUGUCUGCCCCUACCAGCACAAUGGAGGAGGAUGUUCUGGCCUUGAAGCUUACCACCUUCUUGGAGCCCGAACACCGUGUGGUCAUCCCCUGUGGCCGCUGCAAGGACAAGACUCCCGAGAUCUUGCGCUUCCACCCUGGCGUCAACGGCAAGCCCAUGAUUGACGAGAACGGCAUGGUCGCCCUCAGGGACGGACACGUCAAGUUGAUUGCCUCUGCCUGGUGCGCCAGUACUUCUCACCACCGCGGUCCCGGCACCAAGUUCAGCUUCAACGUCGAGUUGACCAGCUUUAACCGCUACCAGGCUGAGCCCCUUUUGAUCUACGAAGGUCACAGUGACCAGGUCGAGAUUUACGCCAGUCAUGGCCGUGACAAGGGUGCUCGCCUCGCCAGCAAGCUCAACGAUAAAUCCUCGAAAUCAUCAUCGCCUGCAUUCCGUGACCAGUCAGGCCCACCUUCGCCUGCAAAGACUGCAUCUUCUAGCCCACCCAGCUCGCCCUCGGCCUUGACUGGCCAGUACGAGUCGGGCCCCAUGAAGAAGCGGAGAGAGGAGGCACCCAUGACCCCUCCUAUGGUCGACACCGACAUGCCCCCCACUAUCAGGAGUCUCGAGCCCCGCAAGGGACCCAUCUGCCGCGAGAACCAUGUGAUCAUCAUUGGAUCCAACUUUGCUCGCGGCAUGGUGCCCAUGUUCGGACGUGAGUACGGUACCGUGGUCGACAUCAACCCCUUCUACAUCGAAUGCACGACUCCAAGAUACCCCAACACCGAGACUGUCCAGAUCUGGUUGUACCACAACGAGAACUACAUGCCCACCGACAAGACCUACGAGUUUACGGACGAGCAGGCUCAGAGUGAUAUGGAGCAGUUGCUGAGAAACUUGAUCCAGGACGGUGAGGGUGGCGAUGCAGGCUCAUACUUGUCGCUCCUUGAGCGUAUUGCUGGUCUUCCUCCAUCGGCCGAUAUUUCGGGCCAGAGCCAGUCGAACGGCUCGACCAUGUUGCACAACUCUGUCAUGAUGGGCUACCAGGCUGGCCUUAACAUCUUGAUUGAGGAGGGCAUUGAGCUUGACAUCGAGGACGACUCUGGUUUCACUGCCUUGGACUAUGCUGUCUUUGCCAACAAUGUCGAGGCUACUGAGGCGUUGCUCCAGGCUGGUGCCAUGUUGUCGAUCGAUCGUCUCGCGACCUUGAGGGUCCAGCCCUCCGCUGUCAUGUCGACUCUCUUGAAGUCUCUCUGCGACAUUGACUUGGCCGAGUCUGAGCUUGUUCAGCCCACUCCCGAGAUUACCGUCUCCACUGAGGUCUAUGAUGAGGCUUCUGUUGGCGCUCUCCUCGAGAGGGCCACCUUAGACUCUGCUGACGAGGACUCCUUGGCAUCUGGUUCGGAAUCUGAAUCUGAAGCUUCGACAGUCCGUCGCCCAAGGUCUUCGUCGUCCGCCUCCCCUUCGUCGUUGAUGCUCUCGUCUUCGCCACCUCCCUUCUCGAGCUCGGCUCCUACCCAGUUUGACCAGGCCUUUCACCACCGCCGUCAUCACCAGUCCUCUAGAAGCCGGUCUUCUCUCCACACGAGCUCGCGUCCCUUGUCGAUUGCUACCGUCGCCACUCAGUCGACGGGCAUGAUGUCGUUGGCACCCACCAUGUCGACCUUGGCUCUCUCGGCCACCUCUUCUGCGGCCCAGUCAAGGGCCUCGGUCGGCAGUGUUGUCCGUCAGGCCAGCUUUGGUGCCAAGGGCGGUCAGGAGAACAUCUGGCAGUGCGCCAAGAAGGGUAACCUGUCGUUGGUCAAGUACCACCUCGACAAGGAGCCUCACCUGAUCAAUGCCGCCUGGAAGUUUGAUGGCCGUGCUGUUCUCUCCAGUGCUUGCGCUUCCCGUCAGCCGCAGGAGUUGGUCGAGUACUUGGUCCAGCGUGGUGCGCAGAUCAACAGUGUGGAUACGUUCAAGAAGCGCACUGCGCUGCAUACCUUGUGUGAGGAGGGCGGUCUCUGCCAGGAUGAUUGGGCAUUUGUUGCUGUCUCCCAGGCUGAUCAGGAGGCCAAUGACCAGGAUGUGUUGGCGGCGAUGCGGUUCUUGUUGGACCGUGGCGCAGCUGUUGAUGUCAAGAACCAUUGGAAGGAGACGCCCCUCAUGCGUCUGCUUGCUGGACGCGAUUGUCCUCUGAUGGUCCAGGAGUUGUACAGCCGAGGUGCCGAUUCGAGACUCAAGUCCUCCAAGGAUGCUUACCCCCAUGGAACUGCACUCUGCUAUGCGGCGUACUACGGUCGGAUCAAGUCGUUGAAGUGGAUGAUUGAGAACGACCUGUUGUUGAACGAUGAGGCAUCGAUCAAGGAUGCCAUCCGCUGGGCCAAGGCCUCCAAGGGUGGCGAUACCCAGACCCAUCACCACUCCCAGGCGACUGCCAUGCAGAGUGCCAAUAUUGCCCGGAGGAAGGAGGAGCGUAAGGCUGAGGCGAUCAAGUUGUUGGAAGGUUGGUUGGGUGAGACUGGUGCUGUUCGUCGUAAGACGUUGGCCAAGGAGGUCUCUGUCCAACAGAGCGAGGGUUGGUGGCAGCGGAUGAGCGGUAUUGUCGAGGUUGCUUCUCCUGCUUCCAAGGUCGUCGAGGCUGAAGAUAUGGAAACGACUUCGUCGUCGUCGCCUGCGGUCUCGAGCAAGAUGCCCACGGAGAUGGUGCCAUUGUGGAGAGAUGUCCACAGUCUUUCGGAGAGCCUUGUUCAGGGCGCUGUUCCUUCCAGCCCUAGCAGCCGCAUGAAGUGGAACCCCCUCACCAUGCUCCGCAAGUAG